CCCCAGAAGGCCUUGCAGUGGAGCAUGCGCAGUGUGAACACUCGGGCCUGAAGGUGGUGGGGCUCCGGGGAGCAGUUUAGUACAAACACGUUGCCUGGAGGCAGGGCGAGGCCGUUGCAGUCGGGUCCCAGCGCAGCCCUCCGCGCGUGACCUUGUGGCUCCGGCCCUAUGGAGCAGCGGUCUGAGCGCAAGGUCAUUUUGAAUUCUAAUCUGGUCUUCCAAAGUGCUUGCAACUCUAUCAUCUGCAACUUUUAUAAGCAUAUAAUACACUCCGUUAUCCAAGUCAUUGAUGAAAAUAUUGAAUAGUACCGGAUCCUGCAGGACCCCAUCAAUAACUACUGUGAGUGCAGACUUUCAACUGGUUGUAACCCAUCUUACAGUAAAGGAACUAUAACCAGCUCUCAUCAGUCAUCAAAAUGCAAAGGAAUUUAAUACAGACUGUGUUUCAGCUGGCACAUCGGACAUGUUUGGUACCACAUCGCACUGGUUUCCUUCAACACUUAAAAGGGAAACCAGUUUUGCCUCAGACUGGAUGCAGAGUGGUUUUGGCAUUGGGCCCUGAAAAACACUGUCUCCAUGCAUCUGCUGCACUCUGUCUCUCAAAGGAAGGAAAGUCAUUGGGUGUAUUUUCAUCCCAACCAGAAGGCACUCACCACAAAGAACAAAAGGAAGAAAACCCUUUGAAACCAGCUAGUGAUAUACCCCAGGGGACGCCUGUAGAAUCAAGUUCUUUAGAGCCUGAUCCAUUACAAGACAAAUCAAUUAGUCUCUUUCAGAGGUUCAAGAGAACUUUUAAACAGUAUGGAAAAGUUAUGAUUCCACUGCAUCUGUUGACUUCCAGUGUAUGGUUUGGAUCCUUCUACUAUGCAGCCAUGAAAGGAGUGAAUGUCAUUCCUUUCCUAGAGUUCAUUGGGGUUCCAGAAAGCAUUGUAAGCAUUCUGAAAAACUCUCAGAGUGGAUAUGCGCUAACUGCAUAUGCAAUGUAUAAGAUAGCAACUCCUGCCAGAUACACUGUAACUUUAGGAGGAACAUCCAUUACUGUCAAGUAUCUUCGUAAGCAUGGCUACAUGUCCACACCCCCUCCGGUAAAGGAAUACCUGCAGGAUAGAAUGGAAGAAACAAAAGAGCGUCUCUCAGGGAAGAUGGAGGAAACAAAGGAUAGACUAACCGAGAAGAUGGAGGAAACAAAGGAUAGACUAACUGAGAAGAUGGAGGAAACAAAGGAUAGACUAACCGAGAAGAUGGAGGAAACAAAGGAUAGACUAACAGAGAAAAUACAAGAAACCAAAGAUAAAGUUUCAUUUAAAAAAAGAAAAGAAUAAGAAAAUGCUCAGCUGAGGUUGUUCAAAAAAGUAUGCAAUUUAACCCUUUGAAGCAUCUGGAUAUGGACUUUCUGCUGAGCUUUCAUUUGGCUGGUUGGAGAAUAUCAGUGUUCUAAGGAUUAAAGAUUUCUGUACAUUCUUUAAUGCUAAGGUACUUUUUAAAAGAAAAAAAUCUGUCUUAUGAAAGAGAAAAUGAAUCUAGGAUUAAAAAUUCAUACGUGCAAUGGCAACAGUGUGGUCAGUUUUUUUGUAAGUCAAGAUGCUUCUCUAAGAUCUACAAUAUUAUUCUGGCUGUCAGCUGGGAACCACCAUUGUGUCAGACUGGUUCCUCCAUUCCGUGGGAAUCCAGAUUUCUUUUUCAGAGAAAGGACAUCAUCUCUUUUUCAGUCAUUAUAAUAUAGCACUGAUCUCUCUCUAACCACUGCUAUCUCAACUAUGAGACAAACCGUUAGCACUGGUGCUGCAAGUGAAGGAACUAAUGGGCCAGACCCUUAGCUAGUGUAAAAUGCCAUAGCUACACUGACUUCAGUUGGGUUUCAACAGCUUACACAAGUUGGGGAUCUGGAUCUUUGUUUUAAAAAAGUGUCUUGAAACUUUCAAAAGCCUUUCAACUGAAAAUUAUAGUAAGAUGAGUUAAUUACAGUAGCCAUGUAUUCAUUUAUACUUUUGUUUUUAUAUAAAGUUGAAUUACAAUUGAGAAUAUUAUAGCAUUGAAUAAAAUGUACUGACUGUAACUGCCUAUGGACUAAAGCAUAACUGGUUCAUUUUCAUCCAGAAUUAUGCUGUAAUUUACUGAAGGUGUUCCGCUUUGUACUAGCUUGCAAUAAUAAAAUACAAAUUAAAGGGAGAAGUCUGCACCUA